UUAUUUUGGGUUUACUUUUUAAUUGUCAUUGCAUGUGAAUACAUUUUUUUUUGCAUUUUCAAGAUUAAUUAGUUUUUGUAAUUUUACAUCGUAUUUCAAUUUGUAGUUUUUAAUCUUGCUUUCUGGAGGUUGGGACAUGUUUGGGUCUCCAGUGGAUUUUUCAUUUCGGGAGCUCAACACAGUUUCAGACAUGCUGUCUGAUGAGCCUAAUCCAGGUGCUCGUCCACUAAAGCGUAACUCCGAGCAGAAGAUCCUCAGCACAACGCUCAGACUCAACAACAACUUCCUCUCAGACUUGACAGGACUGAUGGACACACUCUCCGUUCUUUACGCUGACCCCAUGCGUCUGGCCUGGCUCGACCUCUCCUUCAACGAGUUUCAACACAUCCACCCAGUUCUCACUCAACUCAAAGAGCUGCGCUUGUUGUAUCUGCAUGGAAACCGUAUUUGUAAGUUGUCAGAAGUGGAUAAACUCGCUGUGUUGCCGUUUCUACACACCAUCACUUUGCAUGGCAACCCCAUAGUGACCGAGCCUGACUACAGGACACAUGUGAUCAGCACCCUUCCUCAUGUGAAGAUGAUUGAUUUCAGUGCGGUCACCAAACAGGAACGAGAGCUGACUUCAGUUUGGCAGAGGAGCAGAAACCCACGCAAAUCCAUGAGUCACAGCAAAGUGGACUGAACCUUCUCCACUCGACAUCCUGAUACGUCUAAUAAACAUGAAUGUGGAGUUACAGCUACGGAUUGAUCUGCAACAGUGAGCUGACUUUAAAUGAUAAACUAGGCUCCUCCAAAACAGUUAGACAGUUAUAGAGCUGUUACUUCAGUGAGCCAGUGUUUCUUCAUUAGUUGUUGAUGAAGCCACAGGAGUAAGUGCUGAAACAUCUUAAGCAACAGAGAAACGUUUAUUUAACUAGAAAAUGGCAUAGAGUUUCUUUGAGAAUUGCAGUAAGCAAAUCAAGAGUAGCAUUCUCACUGUACACCAAUGUAUGUCUGCUAAAAUAAAAACAACUUUAUAAUUUUGAAAGUCUUUAAUGCAUAAUUUAAUUAAACAAAAACCGUUUUAACAGAAUAUUGAGAUUAAUUUUUUGGUACUAGGCUAAGAAAUGUUUUCUCUCUAAAUCAGGUAGUAUUCCACAUUUAGGUAACAAACAAACAAACAAACUUGAACACUAUUAGUACACUGCAGCAGAAAACUAAAUAUUUGCAGC